AUGCCUCCUUACUCGGCAGAACUAAUUAAUCAGCCCAUAGAUCAGUUUAAUCUUAAGUUCCCUUUAACCAAAUGUAAUAAAUAUUUAUUUGUGCUAAUAAUUUCAGAGGUGUUUGAGAAAUGGAUUGCCAAUUAGGGAACAUCAGUGUUUUUAAAGAGUAAAUUUAUUCUAACUCCACAGGGUUUUGAUAAGACUGGUCUCCUUAGGAACAAUUAGUCAUUCACUACUAAAAACUUUGAGAUGACAAUUGACUUUGAGGUCUCUAAUCACAAAAAAUCACCCCUUGCAAAUGGAGCUAUGCAGAUAUUCUUCCUAGAAAACUCUCCUGAGAAAUCUUCACAUGAAUUCGCGAAAGCACUUAACCUAAAUUUUCACGGACUAUUGAUAGAGAUCAAGGAAAAUGUAGUCAGAAAGCAGCUAUAAGGAAUGAGUUCUCCUCAGAGAAUGCAUGAGAUAUCUGCGAUUUACAACGAUAAAGAAGGGAAUCAGAUUAACAACUAAAGAUCUUCAAUGUGCAAAUAUGGAUUCUUGGACGCAUCUUUACGAAUCUACAGCAGAGAUGGCAUGGUGACAGUGUUUGUCAAGGACAAGAUUAAUGAUAGUGAGUACACAGAGUGCUUCAAGGUGCAGGCAGACUUGAGUUUUGAGAAAUACUUCUUCAUCUCAGCUCUAAGUGGCAAAGCUAUAAGCAACUUCCAUUACAUUAGUUCCAUUUUUACUGUGGACUUGGAUUCCUAGAUCGAGAAACAAGAGUAUGAGCUGAAGCAAAAGAGGAUUAAGGACUCAGACUUUGUUAGAAAAGGAGAAGACAUCUUGCACGCCAAGGCAGGCCACUUCAGCAGCUUGAACAAGACUAAGCAGGGCUAUAAUAUCCAGAUCAUCAGAUACAACAACAUUUUCACCAGACUUAUGGCCAAUUUCAUUCUGAACAAAGAGUCACAGUUAGAGAUACUUGGAUCUCUUCCAAAAGAUAUCACUGUGCUUCAAAUGACUAACACUCUAAUGGAGUAGAGUGCUAAGCUAUUGCAGCUAGAAGUAGUAUACAAUUAUAGCUGGGCUCUCAUUAAUAAAAAAAUGAAUAUAUUGGAUAAUCAGAAGCAGAUCUAGCAGAGGAACGAUAAGUUGGAGCGCUUUGGAGUAGAAUAGCAGAAAAUUGAGGGAGCAUUAGUUGACGUGGCUUCAACUCUGAUUGCUUUUGAGAAUCAAAUGAAGAAGGACAAGUUGACAGCUAUGAUAGAGCAACGCAGACAAACCAUAGAGGAGAGAAGCUAAACAGGAGAGAUCGACUACGAGGCAUUGCAUAGAAUAGAGAAGAGUUUAUACAAGCAUAUCAAUGAGAAAAUAGAGCGCAGUCAUGGAGACAUUAAAAACCAACUUGGCCAAGAUGAUCUUAUGGACUAUGUGCUCAUGAUAGUGCUCUUAGGCGUGGCAGUAGUUGGGUUCCAAAUGUGGAGGAAACUCAAGGAAUAGGAAAAAAGCUAUAUAUUGUGA